AUGUUUGCCAUAAAAUGGAUGCAAAGGAAUAAUUCACUUUGCACGCCAACACUGAAGCCACAUGAUUCAGCACUUUUAAAGGAAAUAAUAGGCGGGAUCGAUUCUAACUACUUCUCCUUGGCCGUCGAUUGCGUUGAAUAUGAGAUACAUCAAAAUCUCGCCCACCAAUACCGCGACCAAAAGGUAAUAAUGAGCCGCGUGGAAGCCCUAGAGAAGCAAAGCGAUGCCGUCUGUCGUCAGCUAUCAAGUCUCAUCUUAGAGAAACAGCCCCAGUAUCAGAGGGAAUUGAAAAAUGUCGUUCUUUUGCAAGAAGUCAAUGGUGCCGCGUACGAAGAGUGCAUCGAAGCCCGAAGAUCUCUGGAAGUCCUCUUGAAGAGUGUCGUUGAACGACGAGCUAUCGUGAUCCGCAAUUAUAAGCGACGUUUUCGACUAAAACGCGUGUUAGAAACACUCAAGUGUAUCCGGUCGCUACAGAAUAGUGUUAUCGCCCUGAACAAAUUGAUUGAGGAGCGCAAAUUUUGUGAAGCGAUUUCACUGCAUCGACAGAGCUGUCAAACGACCGAGGAUUUCAAAUCCUACACCUGUGUUGAUUUAUUGCAGCAGUCCUUGCGUGCGGUUAAUCACAAGAUAGAUGACGCUCUCGAUGGUGUUCUUGCUGAAAGUUGCGAAAACUUUGAUCCGAUUGAGUAUGCAGCUCUCCAAGAGGCAUUCGAACGUCUGGGAAGUACAAUGACGACGGUGGCUCAAUUGCAACUUCACUAUACAACGAAAAUACACGAAAGAGCCGCGGCGAUUUUAACAGGAUUUUAUGGAACAGCCUCCACGGAAGAUGCCAAGCAUGUCACAGAAUAUGAAAGAAUAUGUGCGGUAAGUGAAUUAAUGCCGGAUGAUAAUAGGAGUCUCCCGGCAACGACCUUGGUGACAGCCCUCUCCAGUCUUGCCAAAUCCCUCUGGACCAUCCUAGUUUGCUACCACCGCACCGCAUUGUGGCAUGAAAGCGCCUCUCAGCGCGGCCACGACGGCAACCACGAUGCUGCAACAGAGAAUGAUAGGGAAGAAGCCAUCCACACACCCGAACUGGUCUGUCAGUGGCAUGGCUACGUGGCCUCCAAGUUGGGACUCAAUCGGGGUCGUGUGUGGAUGGACUUGGUAUCACGAGUUCGUCCCUUGCUCAGUAGCAUAGCCACCAACUCGAAGCAACUCACAUUUGAGGAAAUUGUUGCCACGUUGAACAUUGUCAACCGGCUAGUUCGAGUUGGUGAAGAAUUUGCAGGUCAUAUGUCAUUCGAUCUGUUGGAGAUGUUAAAAAACUCCACCCGGGGCUUCUUCGGGGAGUUCCAUCGAAUGCAUAUGGAGCGGCUGCGACUGUUUUUGGAUCAUGAGGGGUGGGAGCAUGUUCCUGUGCGACCUGGAUUCUCGCUUUUUGAUUUGCAUGAAUUCCACACUCUUACUGACCUUUUCGCUCCCAAUGGGGACGCAUUCACGGCUAUCGAACCCGGCGUUUCUGGAUCUCCGUCGCCGAGCCGUGAAAAUCUCUUUAAAGAACCCUACGACUGCCAUUUCUUUGACCUGGGACUGGAUGAUUCGAAAAUUGAUCAAAAGGGUUCUUUGGAGAACGAUACGGAAUUGCCGGUAGAUGGGACUGUUGUGGGAGAAAACUCGGACCAGUUGACGCCUUCCAAACAGGUGGCGGCCUCAUCAAGUCCGAUACUCGCCAGCACAACAAUAGAAGUUUUUCGUCUCUUCGGUCGCUAUCUACAAAUGAUGCGUCUAUUGCGACCCAUUGCUAGUGAGGUGAUGCACUGUAUUGGUCAGAUUUUUGACUACUAUCUAUUCGUGGUCUACAGUCUCUUCGGGAAGUCUUUUACGCUGAAAGAGGACGCAGCUCAGCUGCCGGAGCGCCUGAGAAAAACUCUUUCACGAAUCUCUACUCGUCUCAUUGCUCCGGCUGGUCACUCUUGCGUGGAGAAUGGAAGUCGCUUUGUGGUUCCUGACUGCAUCCUGAGCACUUCCAAUCGGGAUACGAUGGGUGCCGAUCAGAUGGCAAGCAUGGAGGAUAUCAUUAACCAUCUUCGACGGCACCUUGUUGGUGUGGAAUCCUUGGUCUUUUUGUCCAGCGUCCUAGAAAAGGAUCUCCUUCCCCACCUUCGAGACUGUCUCCCAGAGAGCAAACGUGGUCUCUUGGACGCAUUUCGUGACCAAUCCCUCAUCACAACCCUUGACGUCCGGGAAGCUACUGCCCGUCACCUCGCCUCUUGCAUCUUUCCAUGUCUCCUACUCCUUGGUGGACAUCCAAACCGAAAUUCCUUGGCAGACAAAGAUGCGGCACAUCUGCUACGGCAAAUGGUGGCGACGAACCCCGGUUGGGCAUCAAAUACGGUUGCGACGGAGCCCAGUGCCUAUCUUCAGUCAUUGAACGCGGCGAUAUCACGCUUAGCUAGUGCUCUCAAGGCCCUCCCCCCACCUUCCAUUCCUCCACCGGCUAUGCGCGCUCUCUGGAUGGGUGCUAUGGCGUGGAUCUCUGCAGAGCUACUGGAGGGACUGGCUGGAGUGUAUGACUGCACGGAAGAGGGACGCAGUCAAAUGCUCCUUGACGUACAGUCGGCUGCUGUUCUAUGUGAAACAGAAUCGGGCAUAAGACCCUUUGUGAAGCUGAACCUGUUGGUGGACUACAUCCAGGCCUUCUUCGUGCCCACCCGCGAGUGGUCUAAUUGGCUGGAGAGUACAGGAGUGCACCGCUACACACAGCGUCAAAGUCUGGGCCUGGCUCAUUGCCUCGCCCGCGGUGACAAGCACGCCCGACAGCGUCUGCUUGCCGCGGUGACCACUGUUUACGCUCGGCAUCAGCAAUCCGUACUACUCCAUUCUGGUGUUGUCGGUGGCUCUGGAAUAGAGGCUUGA